CAUCUCUCUCUCUCUCUCUCCCCUCUCCUCUCCCCCUCUAUCUCUCUGUCCUUUUUGAGUCCCGUCCCCUAGAAGACUCUGAAGGCAGGCUGGUCGAAGAUGGAAGAACAGGUAGCAAGCGCCAUCGAGAUCGCCUCCAACCCUGCUUCAGACCAUGCCCUGAAAACUCAGGCCUUCGACUACCUAUAUCAACUUCGCUCCGAUCCCUCCGGUUGGCAGGUCUGCCUUACCCUCUUCACCAAAACCCCGAAACACUCCGAGAUUGUUCGUCAUGCCGCGUUGGAAGUGGUCAACAGUGCGGCCCAAGCCGGUCUGAUUGACCCGCAGGCUUUGGGCUACGUCCGGGACGGCCUGAUGACCUACCUGCGCCAGAGCUUUGGCCCCGAGAAUGCCACCCCCGACGGCCCCGCCAUUCAGAAUAAGAUCGCCCAGACCAUCACCUUCCUCUUCUCUGCUCUCUACGCGAGUGGGUGGGAGUCCUUCUUCGACGACCUCUUGACCUUGACCUACUCGAGCCCCGCCAGCACCUCCCGAGACAACCCCCGCGGCAUCGUCUUCUACCUCCGGGUCGUCCACACCAUCCACGACGAGAUCGGUGAUGUCCUCCUUUCCCGCUCCCGCGCCGAGCAGGACCGCGCCAACUCGCUCAAGGACCUGAUCCGCGUCCGGGACAUGCAGAAGAUUGCCGGCUCGUGGCAGGAGAUUCUCUCGAGCUGGAGCGAGGUCGAUGACCAGAUCGUCGAGAUGUCCCUCAAGGCCGUGGGGAGCUGGGUCAGCUGGAUCGAUAUCGGCCUCGUCGUCAACCAGACCAUGCUGGACCUGCUCUUCCGCCAGCUGAGCCGCGCCCAGAAGCCCGAGCUGCGCUCCGGCGAGGAGAAGGUCCGCGACGCUGCCGUCGACGUUUUCACCGAGAUCAUUGGCAAGAAGAUGAAGGCCGAGGACAAGGUCGACAUGAUCAUCUUCCUCAACCUCGACUCCAUCGUCGCCCAGCUCUCCGCGAGCCCGCCCCUCUACGAGAACCGCUUCACCUUCAAGUACGACACCGACCUCGCCGAGACCGUCGCCAAGCUGGUCAACAUCACCGUCAUCGACGUGGUGCGCGCUCUGGAGCAGGACCACACGGCGCCCGACUACCGCGACAAGGCCAACGGCCUCCUGCAGGCCUUCCUGCCCCACAUCCUCCGCUACUUCUCCGACGAGUACGACGAGGUCUGCUCGACCGUCAUCCCCUCGGUCAGCGACCUGCUCUCCUACCUGCGCAAGGUUGCCAAGUCCAACCCGGCUGCCGCCGCCCAGCACUCCUCCAUCCUCCUGCCUAUCCUCAAGGCCGUCAUCGCCAAGAUGCGCUACGACGACACCUCGUCCUGGGGCGACGACGAUGAACAGACCGACGAGGCCGAAUUCCAAGAACUCCGCAAACGCCUGGGCGUGCUGCAGCAGAUCGUCGCCACGGUCGACGAGCCGCUGUACAUUGGAGCUGUGUCCGAGGUGGUGGCCACCACCUUUGAGAACAUGCGUCAGUCGGGAGGACAGCUCGACUGGCGCGAUCUGGACCUCGCCCUGCACGAGAUGUUCCUGUUCGGCGACAUCGCCGUCAAGGGCGGCAGCCUGUAUGUCAAGGGUGUCCCGCACAAUCCAGCGGCGGAACGAUUGACUGAGAUGAUGAUGCGCAUGGUCGAAUCUGAUAUCCGGUCAUUCACGCAUCCCGCCACCCAGCUGCAGUACAUGGAAAUCUGCGUGCGCUACAGCUCUUUCUUCCAGCAAAACGUCAACCUCAUCCCCGGCGUGCUUGAGAGUUUCCUCCAACUGGUCCACCAUCCCGUGCAGAAAGUGAGGACCCGAUCGUGGUAUCUCUUCCAACGGAUGAUGAAGCAGCUGCGAUCCCAGAUCGGCAACAUGGCCCAGACCGUGGUCGAGGCCCUGGGGGAUCUGCUGGUGAUCCGGGCGGAGGUGUCCGCCGACGGCGAUGACGGCGACGAGAUGUCCUCGGAAGACCACGAAGGAUCGGCCGACGCCAUCUUCAACAGCCAGUUGUAUCUGUUCGAGGCGGUGGGUAUCAUCUGCUCGACGCCGGCCGUGACGGCCGACAAGCAGGUGCUGUACGCCCAGUCGGUGCUAACCCCGAUUUACAACGACAUCCAGAAUCAUCUCGGCGCAGCCAAGGCCGCCGACGAGCGCGCCCUGCUGCAGGUGCACCACGACAUCAUGGCACUGGGGACACUGGCCCGCGGAUUCUCAGACUGGAUGCCGGGCGUCAGCUCGCCCAGCCAGCUGCCCGCCCCGGAGGUAUCUGAGGUGUUCGGCCAGUCCUCAGAGGCAGUCCUAGUCGCGCUGGAGUCGCUCAAGUCAUCCUUCAACGUGCGAACGGCAGCGCGGUUUGCCUUCUCGCGACUGAUCGGCGUGCUGGGCUCCCGCAUCCUGCCCCAGCUACCGCGGUGGAUCGACGGACUGCUGACGCAGACGUCGUCCCGGGACGAGAUGGCUCUCUUCCUGCGACUGCUGGACCAGGUGAUCUUUGGGUUCAAGGGCGAGAUCUACGAGAUUCUGGAUACGCUGUUGACGCCAUUCUUGCAGCGGGUGUUCUCGGGGAUCGCUGACCCGCCGAGCGGGACGGAUGAUGAGAUUCAUUUGGCUGAGCUGAAGCGGGAGUAUUUGAACUUUUUGUUGGCGGUGUUGAAUAAUGAUCUGGGGUCGGUCAUUAUUAGUGCCCGAAACCAACCCAUGUUCGACACCGUCAUCACGACGAUUGAACACUUCGCCAAGGACGUCGACGACUUCACGACGGCCAAGAUGGCCUUUUCAGUGCUAUCCAAGAUGGGCAGCUCAUGGGGCGGCCCGGACGUAGUGCCGGACGCAUCGAACGGGGCAGCCCCGCAGCAAGAAGCCCUGACCGGCUUCAAGCAGUUCAUGUUCACCCACAUGUCCCCGCUGUGCUGGGCGCUGCCCACCACGCCGUCCUUCAACUCCAAGGACGCACAAGCGAAGCAGGUCCUCGCGGAGGCCGGCGGCCUGCAACGGACGAUCUACAGCAAGACGGGGAUGGAGUAUAUCGAGUAUCUGCGGACGGAAGAACUGCCCAAGAUCGGUAUGGGAGGCGAGCUUGUAGAUGAGUUUACGGGGGCAUUGAUGCGGUUGGAUGUGAGGGGGUUCCGACAGUUCUUUCCGUCCUUUAUCCAGCGAUUGAGCGCAUGAUUCUCCUUUCUUCCUACCUGUCAUGUUUUUUCUUCCUCUACUUUCUCUCAUAUUAUACCAUUUUCUUUCUUUCUCUACUUUCCUCUUCUUCCUCUUCCUUCCACUCGAUCUCAUGUUUCACUUGCUCUUAGAUUCCCCCACGGUUUGGUUUGAUGAGUGAUGCUGUGAUCUUUGAUUAAAUUAUUAUUGUUUAUUCUGUUGUUUUUGUUUUUGUUAUUUGCCACUGUUGAACGGAAAAAUAAAAGAUAAAGAAAGAAGAAAGGAAAAAAGGGUAUAUAGUUUGGAUGGAGAAGAGAAUGGAUGGACGGGGUGCAUUUGCAUGAAAACAGGCGUUUACAGUCUAAAAAAAAAGAAAGAAAUAUGCGAGCACUUGAUGAGGUCACUGACCAACUGAAAAGAUUCAAUUCGAUUCAGAUACAAAUU